AUGGCCGCUCCCUUCCCCCGCGCCUGGUCGUUCUUCAUCUGGUCAUCUCUCUUCCUCGCCUUCCUCCUCCUCCCCGCCUUCGCUCAGAACGCCCCCUCCCUCUCGCUCUCGUUGACCACCAGGACCACGACUUUCACGACCACCUCUUCUGCCGCACGCACCACCGCCACGAUCACCUCCACAAUAGCGACCACCUUUAACGUAACCGUCACUCAGUCCUCGUCCUCGGCCUCGACUACGAGCUCGGCUGCCCCGUCUGCAACCGCAUCCGCCCCGCCCGACUUCACCAAGCUCGACACCCACAUCACCCCGGCCUUCGGCGUUCUUGGUGCGCUCCUCAUCAUUACCGGUAUCCCCAGCGCCUUCCUCGGCCACAAGAACCGUUGGACGUCCUUCUUCCUCGUCGGUUUCUACACCCUCUCCCUAGUCUGUUUCGUCCUCAUCCUCCGGUUCGGCGUCAUCCAAGCCAUCAACCCGCCCAGUGCCACCCUCCAAGGACUCUUCGUGCUUUCCUGCGCCGUAGCGGGUAUCGCGGGCGGCGCAAUUGCCAUAUUCUUUUGGAAGGCGGCAAAGUACUUCAUCGGCGCAUGGGGUGGGCUCGCCCUCGCCUUGUGGAUCCAGUGCUUCAAAGACGGCGGCCUCAUUGGUCCGAUAGGCUUCCGGUGGAUAUUUUAUAUUGGUGUUGCCGUUGUUGGCUUCGUCUUGUGCACUAUCCCUAAGCUGCAUUACUAUGUGUUGCUCACCUCGACGGCGUUCGUGGGGGCGACCUCCUUCAUGUUGGGAGUAGACUGUUACACUACUGCGGGUUUGAAGGAGUUCUACGUUUGGAACAUCGGUUUCAACACACUGUUCACCAAGUACACCUCGCACGGGAUCCAGUUCCCCGUCACACAGAUCAUGCAGAUCGAGCUGGGCCUUAUGGGAGCGGUCUCGAUCAUGGGCAUGGCCGUGCAGUUCCGGAUCCUCAACAUGCUCAUGAAGAAGAUGAAGGAGAUCGAGGAAGAGAGGAAGGAACAGGACCAGGCUGCGGAGGCCCGGGCCGCCGAACGCUUCAAGGAUCUCGACCUCGAGAAGAGCGAGUGGGAUCGUCUGCACCCCAUGAUGCUCAAGCAUGGUCGUGCGGAUAGCAACAUAUCGGGCCAGCCCCUCCUAGGCUUGGACGGCAUUCCUUCACAGGACCCAGACUCCCCUACCGGAACUCCUCGUCAGCGCUACCAGUCGGGCGUUUCAGAGUUCAUGGCCGCCCCGACCCCCACCGAGGAGCUUCAUCGUGCCGCGCACAGGCAGCUGCAAACCCCCGGUGUACUUCCCACGCUCGACCUCGGUGGUAACAUUGAGAACAACGUUCCGGACAGCUUCAUCGCCAAGAACUCUGAAUCUUCUGGUGCGGUCCCGCGACCACCCCAGUUUGCUGCUCAGGGUUCCAAGGAACGGGAAACUCUGCUCUCCGAGAUUCAUACUAUUCGCAGGUCUAUCGAGCUCCUCAGAACUGAAACCCCCGGCCUCGUCUCGUCCAGCUCUUCGGACGGCCGUCGCCCUUCGACCUCGCGGCCUCUGAGUCAAGAUUUCAGCACACUCUCGGCGACUCCUCAUCUCCGUCCACCCGGGAGCUCUAUGGAACUCGGCGGUCUCGGUCGCUCUAACGUGGGUGAAUCCAUCGGCCGUCCUACUAGUGCACCCCUCCGCGAUGAUUGGGACACCUACGUGAACGAACGGAAACUCCUUCAGCCACCUUCGGGCGUCUCGGCUCCCAUUGCCACGACUCCGGUUUCCGCUAAUCCCCGUCCUUCGCCGUCUCCCGCUGUCAUGGAAGCUCUCAAAGGCCGCCAACACCGGGAGAGUGCGAUGUCAUUCGGCGGCGGUCUUGCGGCUUCUAACAAUUCCUCCUCAGAAGACCUGCCACUCGCCCAACGUCCCCAGCACAAGAAGACGAAGUCUCAAUCCAGCAUGCCCGUAACGAUCCUCCCGCCUAAACGCCCCAUUGCCCAGCCCUCUCCCACCAAGGCUGCCGACUCUGGAUCGCCCCGUGUGAAGACAUUUGAGGAGCUCGUCGAACGUCACCGUGAGAAGCUGCGCGAGUUGCAGGCUCCCAUCACCCAAGCGCAGAAGGAGGAGGCGGACGUCUCAGCCGCCCGUAACCGCUGGGAGCGUGCAAAGAGCGCGGAGAAGGCUGCGGUGGAAAAGCGCCAGGCAGAGCGCGAACAGGCUGUUCGGGGCAAGAUGCAACGGACUGGCAGCGGAAGCGGCGAGGACUCGGACGCCAAAGCGAAGCACCGGCGGUCGCUCAGUGCCGACAUGCUCGCGACCAUCCCCGGCGGCGGCGCGUCGUCGCGCCGGAUGUCGACGAUGAAGGUCGAAGACUGGCAACGCCAACAGCAGGACUCGACGGACGAGCCCGCGUCGCAAGCGCGACCCGGGCACUCGCGGCGAGGCUCGACGUCGGCGUCGAAGCGGCUGUCGGAGGUGCCGUUCCCUGACUCGCGCGACCGGCGGCGAAUGUCGAGCGCGCCGCGCGACCCUAUCAGCUGA